AUGGUUAAGAAGCUUGGGCUAACUACGGAGAAGCACCCAAAGCCAUAUAAGCUACAAUGGCUUAAUGAUGAUAGUGAGAUGAAGGUUAGUAUCCAAGUAAAGGUUCCUAUUGUCAUUGGGAAAUAUGAGGAUGAGGUUUUGUGCGAUGUUCUACUUAUGGAGGCUAGUCAUAUUCUUUUAGGAAGACCAUGGCAAUCUGACCGGGGAACAAGCCAUGAUGGUUUCACCAACCGUUAUUCUUUUGAGUACAAAGGCAAGAAGAUCAUCUUAGUUCCGUUGACACCUCAUGAAGGUUAUCAAGAUCAGCUGAUUCUCAAGCAAAGGAAAGAAACAAACACCAUGAGCGACCCCACAAACACAAUUCACCAAAAAGAGAGCGAGAGUUUGAGAAAAACCAAGUCAAAGGCCUGUGAGAGAAAACCCAUGAGACAUUCAGAUUUAUUUGUGAUAAAAGGAGAGGUUAAGAGAGCUUUAUUUUCACAACAACCUUUGAUUAUGUUUGUUUACAAGGAAACUCUCAUGAGUUUUGCUGACCUUGCACCGGUGUUACCGAGUGAGAUAACCUUUCUUUUGCAGGAUUUUGAGGACGUAUUCCCGGAGGACAAUCCGAAAGGUUUACCACCUAUCCAUGGUAUUAAACACCAAAUAGACAUUGUUCCUAGAGCAUCACUUCCAAACCGACCAGCUUAUAAGACUAAUAUUGUGGAGACAUUGGAGCUGCAAAGACAAGUUAAUGAGCUCAUGGAGAAAGGACAUAUUAGAGAGAGCAUGAGCCCAUGUGCGGUCCCAGUCCUACUUGUGCCCACAAAGGAUGGAAGUUGGCGCAUGUGUGUUGAUUGUAGAGCUAUCAACAAAAUCACGGUAAAGUAUCGACAUCCUAUUCCUACUCAGCCUUGGCAUGAUAUUUCUAUGGAUUUUGUGCUUGGUUUGCCUAGAACUAGAACUGGUAAAGAUUCAGUUUCUGUGGUUAUUGAUCUAUUUUCAAAAAUGGCGCAUUUCAUACCUUGUCACAAAACUGAUUAUGCUUUGCAUGUUGCUGAGUUGUUCUUCAAGGAAAUUGCUCGUUUGCAUUGA